GCGCGCGGUGGGGGCCACGGUGCAAAUGUGACGAGGUCGCGAGAGCCUGGGACAGGCGGGAGGAAGGGUUUAACCAUUAGCCACGAGCACGCAUUAAGACGGGCUGCGCAGAGCUCGUGCCGGUCACAUCGCGUGCGCAUCUGCGUCCACGCCAGGAGACGUGAGGACAGCGCGCCACGACCAUCUCUCCACACUUAGGUGUCUGCCUGUCCUUUUGGGCAGCAGGUAAUUCAAUCCCCAGCAGAUCUUUAAAUAUCUUCGUUGGAAACCUCCCUGUGGCCACACAGUGUAAGGCGAAACCCCCCCUCCCUCACUAGCCAGUGAACGGACCAGUCCGUACUUGAGUCUGCCUCCUUCUACACCCUUUAAGCGACUAUUUAGGACCGACCGCGGGGAAAGGUUGCCAUUGCCCUGAAGAACAUAUUCUUUUUAACGUUUUGACUAGUAUGUCUUUUUUUUGCCGGCCCACUCUGAGCACCUUGCAUUGAAUGGAGGACCUACUGGUUCUGCUGCCAAAGCACCGACAGGAACACGGGCUCUGCAGACGCACUGCCGCCGCCUUUCUGGACGUCUAUUCCCGCAAAGUGCUUUUCUCCCCUUUAGCGUGGGUUCUAACUACCUGCCUGCUUCUUUAAUGGGAUAAAUAAAACCUGGGCUGAGCAGGUUCAAGACCAGAGCAGGUGACCGUUUCCCUUCUGACUGCCCCAGAACCAUUGGGCCAAGGUGAGCUGACCUUUUCUUGUCAAGUCUACUGUCUUUCAAAGGCCUCCGCAUGGUGCUUUGGUCGAAAGAACAAGAAAAAGUCCCCGACAUCGACAUGUCCUCGGGGGCCAUUGAGAUAAAGAAAGAGGGAGGCCCCCUCACCCCGGCCUUUCUCAACUCCAACUGCACUGUCCACCCACUCAUCCUCUCCAACGGCCCGGAAGAAGUGAGCCCAGGAACGGGGGGCGAGUUUGAGCUCACGGAGGUCUCCUCGUUAACGGAGAGAGCCUGCGAGACGGUGGACGAGGAGAGGUCGGAGAGUGUAGUAGCAAUAGACUGUCUAGACAACGUCAAAGGUCAGCGAGAGGAGGAUGCGCUCCUGGAGAAUGCGAGUCAGAGCAAUGAGAGUGACGACACCAGCACCAAUCGGAGCCCUGAACCACCGGCACCCUUCAAGGAGAGCUCCUUCUCCAUCGGUCUGCAAGUGGUUUUUCCCUUCCUGCUGGCCGGGUUCGGGACAGUAGCUGCGGGAAUGGUGUUGGACAUCGUCCAGCACUGGACGGUGUUUAUUGAGGUGUCGGAGGUGUUCAUUCUGGUUCCUGCAUUGUUGGGGCUCAAAGGCAACUUGGAGAUGACACUGGCCUCCAGGCUUUCCACAGCGGCUAAUAUUGGUCAAAUGGAUACAGCCAAGGACAUGUGGAAAAUGGUUAUGGGAAACUUGGCCCUAAUCCAGGUCCAGGCGACAGUGGUGGGGUUCCUGGCUUCCAUAGCUGCUGUGAUCUUUGGCUGGAUCCCAGAGGGACACAUCAGGCUGGGUCACGCCGUGCUGCUGUGCGCCUCCAGCGUUGCCACCGCCUUCAUUGCUUCCCUCAUCCUCGGUCUCAUCAUGAUUGGCGUUAUCAUCGCAUCCAGGAAAGUUGGCAUCAACCCUGACAAUGUGGCCACACCCAUCGCUGCAAGCCUCGGGGACCUAAUCACCCUUUCCCUACUGGCAGGCAUCUCCACUGGGCUCUACAAGGAGCUAGAGUACAACGACUACGCCAACCCGCUGGUGUGUGCAGCGUUCGUGGCAAUGUGCCCUCUGUGGGUGCUGAUCGCCAGGAAGACCCCCUCCACCAGGGAGGUCCUCUAUUCUGGCUGGGAGCCGGUCAUUAUCGCAAUGGCGAUCAGUAGUGUGGGAGGUUUGAUCCUCGACAAAACUGUCACCAACCCCAACUUUGCUGGAAUUGCCGUCUUCACACCAGUCAUCAACGGUGUUGGGGGUAAUCUGGUGGCAGUUCAGGCCAGUCGAAUUUCCACCUAUCUCCACAUGAGUGGUCUUCCCAUGGGAGAACCUAGCCCCUCCCCCAGGAAGUGCCCAACACCCUGCAUGGCUUUCUUCAGCUCCACGGUUAACUCUCGUUCGGCCCGUGUGCUCUUCCUCUUGGUUGCUCCUGGUCACCUCGUCUUCCUCUAUACCAUCAACUCUCUGAGGGGAGGGCACACCACCCUGACACCCAUCUUCAUCACCUUUUAUCUGGCAGCUGCACUACUGCAGGUUAUGAUCCUCCUCUACCUGGCAGACUGGAUGGUUAACUGGAUGUGGGGGAGGGGCAUGGAUCCAGACAACUUCUCCAUCCCGUACCUGACCGCCCUGGGCGACCUCCUGGGGACGGGCUUCCUCGCCCUCUGCUUUCACAUGCGCUGGUUCAUUGGGGACAGAGACAUGAAUGUGGGCGAUUGAGCUGCAGAAACAUUCAAAGAAAACCCCUCGGACGUACUGUAAGCGUGCAUGGAUGGACGACUUGGUCUGUGUGUCUGAGCAAUCUGUCUGAGUGGACAAACUUAAGGGCUAAUUGUCGUCAUGGCUCAGGAUGAUCCCUGAGCCAUGAUAUCCCACAGUGGAUAUCAGGAUGUGGCUUACCUUCUCACUUUAGGGCCCAGAAAAUCUAGACAUUGCCUUUCCGUCACUAUGGAAACAAGGAUAUCUCUUGCUAACCACCCAGCAAACCCCCAGACUCUACUACCCCUUCUGUAUUUGAAUUAAUACCCAUCCAUUUUUUUUAUUUUUGUUGACCGUGAUUUUUACUGUUGGUUGAUUAUGAAUCUGAAUUGCUCCUUGUUCAACAUGCACAGCGAGUCCUCAUUAUUUUCAAUGGGGAUGUUAGCCCUCUUUUUUUUUUAAAGCUUUUAACACUUGAAGCCACAGUGAUGAAAGAGAAUAUAUAUAUACAUAUAUAUUUGUGUAUGUCUCAAAACAAGAAUGUUUUAUCACAAAGUGCUAUGUACAGAAUGAAUAUUACACAAAGUCUGGUGUAAUUUAGCGCUUUAGUAAAUAUCAAAAUUAAUUCUUUUGGCCUUGUUAUGGUAUGAGAGAAGGCUGUGGUCUCACCACAGGGGACUGGACCUAAAUUCUUUUGUAGCCUUUUCUCGUAGCUUCAUUUGAGCACAAAUAUGGGCUGUGAUUUUUAUUUUUUAAUGCUUCUGUCUUUUAGAAUUGAAGAAAAGAAGCAUCAAAUUGAGGUCGAUGCAGCACAGCACUCUAGGGCGCCUGUUUUUUGUAAAUGAUUAACUCAUUAGUUUCUGCUGAUUGAUUAAAAUUCAAAGAUAGCUUGGCUACCAGAUUUACAAAUUAGGAUGUUGUGAGAAAAACAAAUCAAACAAAAUAUUUAAAGAAUCAAGAAUACGAAUAUAAUUUAUUGUUGGAGAUUGCUCCAGGAGGAAACAUUGCCAGUCCUUUUGUUUGAAAUCACCAGCCAAACAGAGCAGAAUUGUUUUUAACCAUUUUAAGAUCCUCCCAAAAACGAAAGACACUUCUUUUAAAUCCAUUUAAAAGUUAAUAAUUUGAGUCAACUAUUUAUUUUGUUCUAUAAAAUAGGAUAAAAGAUUAAACUCAACUAAAAGUUGUUAAGUAAAGCUAAAUUUUCACCUCUAAAAUGUGAGAUUUUCAGUUUAUCAAUUUUAGAUCCACGUCACCCUAAUUCAAGCUGUUUGUAAAGCGGCCUUAUGUGCUUUAAACUGAUUAAAUAUUCCAUAAUAAACAUAAUAUUAACUGCGACUAUCAAACCUUUGUGGGAAUAAAAAAAAAGAAUGAAAAUGAGUAACAAAUUUAGUUGUGGCUAAUUAGGAUGCUAAUACAUGCCAAUGCUAGUUAACCAAAAAGCUAAUCAGCAGAAUGAAAAGUACAAUUAGCUCACUAAUCAAAUGCUAAAAAAUGAUUUAUUUCUUACCUUUCAGCUUACUAAAUAAUUAUUGACCGCUAAUCAUGUAGCUCAUCAGCUAGCUGACAACUCUAAUCGGUUAGCUAUCUAGCAAUGCAGCGGGUGGUUGAGUCUGCUAACCUUUUAGCUUAGCAGUUAGCCAACAGCUGUAGAAAGUUGGGUGAGUCCGCCAGGUUACGUUUUUUUUUUUUUUGUAAUUCUGGUAUAAGUCUUAUUAAAAUGAAGUUUAAUAAUUUAUGGAAUGAAAAGCGAAGUAAUUAAAAAAACAUAAAAAUGGAGAAACUUUUAACUAGAAAACAAAAACUUUGGGAUUUCUUUCUAUGCUUUAAAAAAAAAAAAAAAUUUAAUGCACGUUUUGUUUUUAUCUUAUUUACACCAGAACAUUUGAAAUGUGCCAAUUAAACAAACAAGUAGGGCAAGUAAAACAGGUAGAAGAAGAGGAGAUAAAAUAAUUUGUUCAUUUUAACUGCUCCAAAGCUUCCAGUGCUCAUUUCUUGAGGUUUUUGUUCAUUUUUUAUUCAUAUUUGGCUUCAUAUUCAGAAAUCUGACUUUUUUGUCACAGGAAGUUUUGAGGAAAGUUUAGCAAAACUCUGUAAAUAUAAGGCUGUUCAUCUCUUUCUGCUAAUGUAAAAAUUACCCACAAUUCAUCCACCCUUGUCUCUUUUAAAAUAGGGGCCAGCAGAAUGCAUGUGCGGGACACAUAGUGCUAAUGUGCAGAACUUGAUCCUUUUGUUUGUUUAAAAAAAAUCUUGGUCUUAAAGAGUUUAUUUUAAAUAUGUUGAAAUGUUUUGUCUUUCUUUCUAAUCUUUGAAUUAACUGUAAAACAUCUUUUUGUGUGUGUGUGUGUCAUAAAGUUCAUCAACCACUUCAACUAAUGCAAGAGACAGAGUACUGUAGUCUGCACACUACCAGCAGAGGGCACUGCAGGCUGUUUAGUGUCUUCUGGAUGUAUUUGAUGCAGAAAAGUGGCAUCUUUCCAUUUUGGCUCGACAUUAUUUUCAUUUUUUACCAUCCAUGUGCCGGCUUACUGUCUCCACAUCAGCAGAAAGGUGUGAAUACUUCUUCAAUGGGGCAUGUGAUGCUAUGUCUAUUUAUUUGAAAAGCACAUAAGGCAAAUUGUACAUAUGGUAUUUAUUCUAUAUAUAAGGUUGUUUUAUGUUGCCAUUUUGGCUCAGUUUGGCACCAUGUCAGACUUUUUUUUCUUCUUCAUUUCGAGCCACUACUCUUUUGCAGAAACACAAAACGGCCUUAACAAUAACAGAGCCAAGUUCGACUCAGAGUAACCCAUCAGGAGUUAGGUUUGCCUCUUUAAUUCGUUUAAUAAAGGAUGUACAGUCUGUUGAUUACUUGUGAUGCGAUAAUACUUUGGCAGUGGAAAAGUGUGCUGGUUUUUGUCAAUGUUUUUGACCAUGUGAGGGCUGAAGCUCCGCCCCCAUUCCCAGCCUUCUGAGCUUGUUCCCAGCUGCCGCUGCCUUGUUAACCUUGGAACCCUCACGGGGAGCCGCGCUCAACUUCAGUUUGCUAACAUCAAGAUCAAACCUCUAUUGUUUGCUUGUCAGCUCUAAUUCCUUUGAAGAAAGCUGAUGUCAAAUGUUCCGGCUCUGGAGAUGUCGCUCUGUAUAACCUCUCAGAGGAAGAGGAAUUGUUCGGGGGGGGGCACUUUCUGUAUCUGUAAUUUGCUGGAAAUAAAUGACUAUAUUAUUUCAUACAGUUCCUCUGUUUUAGUCUAGCUUUUGUUGAAAUUGUUGCUCUUUCAUCCUGUAACAAAAGUCUUUGCAACGAUGUUUCUGUUCAAUUAAAUUGGCAUAAAACAUU